AAAGCUAAUAAAUAACAUGGCGAAAAUUCUCGCCGUUGGCUGAACAUGUCCUUCUAACAUUCUUAAAAAUAAUUAGUUAGUACAACUUUCAAUUUUAUUUGUAAAUAUAACUAGAAACAUUAUAAAGACAAUGACGACUUAUGUUCAAAUUAGCUUUACACUUUAUCAUUAUUAUUCAUUAGUCAUUUGUCAUUCAUUAGGCAUUAAAAGUGACAUUGACAUUAUUAUAUACUCAUGUCAUAUACUUAUUAAUAAUAAUAUUAUUAUUAUUAUAGACUAUAAUCUAUAGAGUAUAGACUUAUACUAAUAUGUAUAAACUAAGUAAGAAUUUGGCCCAUUAAUUAAAUUAGAAUUAGGCAUGAAAUGGCAGCAUGUGGUACCUGGUAAGCCACGUUCAUGCCAAUAUUGGUAUAAUUCAAUAAUAAUUAAUUAAUAUUUAAUAUUAUGCUAAUAUUACUAAUAGUCAAUUAUUUCAAUUAUUAAUUAUGAGCCCUAAUUAAAAUUAAUAGUGAUAAUAGAUAGAUUGUUACUUAGUUUGGCUGUCUACUUACCGUCUAAAAUAACUAAACUAAAAAAUGUGCUUCUUUCAAUUUCAUAAUUAUAUAAUUAUAAUAAUUUUUUUUUUUUUUUAAAUUUAAAAAGCAUUUUCAUUUAGUAAUUAAAGAAGUCAAUUUAUUUAAUUAUUAAUUAUAUUAUAAGUUAUAAGGUAGGCUCAUCAAUUUGAAUUAGCCAUUAUAUAAUUAUCAUCAAUGCAUUGAAUGCUGAAGGACCCCCACCCCUUUUUUUUUAAACAAUAGGAUAUGCAGGGAAGCACCCACUCACAGAGGUAGAGGAGUAGCGAGGGUGUUUGGCGGCUGCGGACAAGAUUCGCGCCCGGGGACAAGAUCCAUUUUAAAGCGCCCCCUUUUCUUUUUUUCAACUCUCAAACCCAUUAUUUUUACCAAUAAUAUAAAUAUAUUAAAGCACAUAUUGGCGCCCCUAACUAGCUUGCGCCCGGGGACAUCUGUCCCCCCCACCCCCUCGCUACUCCUCUGCCCACUCACUCCAUCACUUCACCUCAUUUUUACUUACUAAUUUUGCCUAACUAAUAAUAAUAUUUUAUAAUACUACCCAGUUGAGUAAUAUUUUGAAAAGUCCUACUAUUAGCACUUGUCUCUCCUUCCUGGCCCAUCUCCUUGAGAAAAAAAGAUAUGAUAGGCAGUAAUCCACCCAUUCACUUCACUAAGUCAAUGCACUAACCACAAAGUAAGUUACUAAUACUGAAGAGUACUAGCACUAGUCUUCUCCACUAAGUGAGAUUACUGACUACUAAAAGCCUAAAAUUAAAAUAAAUAAAAUAUAAUUAGCCUAGGCGACAUCCAUCAUCCAUAAAUUUAUAUGAUAUCAUGUCACACUAUUUGGAGGAAAAAAAAUCCCCCCCCCCCCCGCUUUUUUUUUCUCCCCCCAAAUCAUCACAAAUUUGUAUAACAAAAAACAGAAACUUUUAUCACACAUCAUCACAAAUGGGUGACACCAUUUCCCCCUUCACAUAUGAUGCCCCUAAGCAUAUAUUAUUGUCAUAAGUCAUAUUGAAUUUGAAUAGCAAAUAUGUGCUAGUAAGGCCUUUAUAAUAACUAUAGGCAUACUUAUAACUGUUAUUUUAUUACUUUCCUUAUAAAAAGUGGAAAGUAACAUUAUAUAGAUCCAAACAAUUCAUUAAGAAUGUACCUUUAUUUAGGCUUAAUUACAAGUCAAAGUCAGUUAAUUCACUUGCAAUCAGUUAACACAAAUAAAACAGGUUACUCAAGAGAUGGCUAUGCUGGUGGAGUAUUGUCUGAUUUGAGUAAUUUACUGUAUUCAUCAAUGAUAUCAAAAGACUUGAAGUAAUAAAGGGCUAUAGUCUAUGGUACCUAAAGAAUCAAAAACUUAUGUCUAUAUCUUAUUUUGGAAAUAAGGUAGGGCUCUUUCCUGACUUUUUACAUUUUUAAUAUAACACUUCAGCUAUUGAAAAUAUAGCAGUAGAGUUUUAAAAUAUUUAUCAAGCCAUUUUGCAUUGUUAUUAUAAUUUAGGCUAUCGGAUAUGUAGAAUUUAUUUUAUCUUCAAUCACAUGGUAACUUCAAUUUAUAGUUUCAUAUUUUAAAUGAAUACUGUAAUGUCAUAUGUUAACAAGAAAAAAAUAUAUUUAAUAGUUCAAAUAAAUUACAUAGCCUAUUUGUGCUUUUAUAAGUUGAUCAGCUUUUAAUGAGACAUAAUAUUUUUAUACAGAUUUUGUUAGAAAGAAUUUGUUUAAGAUUGCUGAGAGCCAACAAUCAUCAAGCACUUAACCACAGCUGCAGAAAGAAAUAUCAAGUUUGCAUCAAUGAAAUGGCUGAGCCAAAGUUGAUUGUUUUUGAUUUGGGUAAUCCAUUAGCAUCAGUUAGACUCAUUCUUUACUAACAUUGUUUUUUUUUUUUUUUCUUUCUAUCAUAAUACUAAUGUUAAAACUUUGAUAAAUCUCUGUCUACUUUUAUAAGGACUGUGUAUUAAAAUUUGAAGAACUCUUAUUUUAGUUAGUCAAGACAUAUUAAUAAAACAACAGUCUUAAAAAUUCUUAACUCUAUUGACUCUAUAUUGAACAUCCAAGCAGAAAGGAUUAAAUUACUUGUUUUAGUCUGUCUUUGUGUACACUGAGUAUAUUUUAGUUUUUCAGUUUCCAUCUCAACUUCAGAUUAUACCUUGUGGCCGUUUUGGGUAGAUACUCAUGUUGAUCCUCCAUUUAGAAUGUCAUCGUGAGUCUUUUAAAAUUCUAUUCUAUUUUGAUAUCCUAACUUUUUAUUUAAUUUCUAUAAAACAGACCUCAAGAAAUAUGCUUUAAAUUAAAAGUUUCAAUUCAACAUAAUACAAUCUAUCAGUUCAAAUAAAAGAAUCUGAAAUGCUCCUGAACUUAAUGGUUAUAUUUUUUUAUCACUUACCUUCAUUUGCCUCAGUGAUGGAAAAGUGUAUGAUGCCCACAAGCAGCAUGUCAAGUACUAUGAGGAUGUCCCAGAUAUUUUGAGUCAUCUUCACAGAAGUGGAUUCCAGCUUGCAAUAGCAUCCAGGUAGAAAUUUUUGUGUUUUUUUUCCACUUUAAUCCACUUUAUUAUCUAUUAUUAUAUUCUGUGUUAAACUGAUAGAGAUAGUGCUAACGUUUAUUUACUUUUAUUCCAAAUAAAAUAAUGUAAGUCAUUUUUAUGAAACUUCAAUUUUUUAAAAUAAAUAAUUAAAUAGGAAUUAUGAAUAUUUUUAUUUGGAUGAAUAUUUAAAAAGAUGUUUCAGAAUAUUUUAUUCAGUGGGGGUCCAAAUUCAUAUUUAUCAUCUAUUAUCAUAAUUAAAUUAAUUUGAAAAUGUAUAGUAUCAUUUUUAGGAGCCCAAAAAAGAAUUGAUUUAGGGUGAAAAAUUAUUUCAGGAAAUGAAAAGAAACAAAUGCUAAAAAGGGGAUGAUAAAUUUGGGCUGGUAAACAGGGAAAAAAUGAUUUACAAAAAAUUGUCAGCACAAAUCUACAUAUAAAGUUUAUGUCAGAAGUAUUUAACAUGAUUAGCAGUGAAGAUUCAAUCCUGCCAUUGUUAAUAGUUGACAUGGAAUCACAAAGUUUCAGGGUUGAAAACUAUCUUUGGAAUUACCUGCUUUAUGCUCCACACAAUUAUAUCACACAAAUUAAUUUGUUUAAAUCAAAAGAAUAACACAUUCUGUGUGUACAUGUUGGGUGAGAUGGAUAAUCAGGAAAUGGGUGGAUAGAAAGGUAUGGGUUAGAGAUAAUUAUUCAGAUAAUACUUUUUACAGACCAAUAUCUUUCUCAUAGAACCAGUGCCGUGGACGAAGCUUCGAGUCUAACCCGGCUGUUUAACUGGGAUCAGUUCUUUCAGUACAGGCAGAUUUAUCCAGGGAGCAAGAUAACCCAUUUUAAAAAGUGAGUCUUGAUAUUUACCUCAGAAAAUGUCUUAAGUCUUAGAGCUUUACAUUUAAUUGCAUGAGACCUUCGUUAACAAUAACUUUUAGAUAAAAUAAUAUUCUGAUUUUAUACUUGACUUAAUUUCAGACAUAUUUGACCUCAUAUUUAAGUAACCAUUUGCUAGCCCUCUUAUGCAUUUACAAAUAAAAAUAAGCAAACAUUAAUUUUACAAGACAUGUCUGUUUUUUCUAUUUUAAAAAAUCAUUUUAAAAAGCUGGAAUAAAUCUUUGUUGGAUAUGUUUAAUUAUUUGUGGGGAGUUUAUUGUACAGUUGUAAUUCAAUGUGGCAGUAAAUUUGAUUUAGAAAGGUUCAGAGAGUGUAUUUGUCUUUUAAUAUGAUCAAAAAGGCACAGCACCUUAAGAAAAAGUAGAGGAAAUGGCAAGCAUUGUAUAAGGGAGACUAUUCACUUUAAUAUUAAAACAUUUGUGUUGCAGGUUGCAUUCACAGAGUGGUGUUGCAUAUGAAGAUAUGCUUUUCUUUGAUGAUGAACAUCGUAAUAUAGUUGAUGUCUCAUCUUUAGGUAAUAAACUUUUAAAAAGUAUUAUUAUAAUGCAAUUAUGAAAAAUUACAGAAUGGAAACGGAAAAUAGGCAGUCAUCAGGUAUCUUUGGAUCUCUUCCCAGUCAUAUCUAGCUGACUUAAAGUAUCCGCACUCAUACUUAAAAUGGUUGUCUAAUUAUUUUACACAUCACCCUGAGUUUAUUACAGGUAAACUUGGACUUUUAAUAAUGAUAAUAUUAUAAUUAUGUUAUACUUUUAAUUUGUGCUAAGCAUUCCUAUAGCUAUAACAUUAAAUGUGACACAAUAACACAUGACACUUUGGUUGACAGAGCUGGUUGCCAGUGGAGGACCCUUCAUGAUACUGUCAACUACUUUUGAAAGCUGUGCUUACCAUAAAUAAAAUAUUAUGUACAUCAGAAAUAUUAUGUGCAUAUUAUCUGAAACUAAGCAAGUCAGUAUUUGGACUCAAAUCAGAAUUUUUCAGGUAUAUACAAUCUGGAAUGGUUAGUAUUUGGACUCGCAUAAAGCUUACGUAGUGUCUGAAACAGUUCUAGACUUGAUUUAAAAUUUGAUAAACUCUUUGAUUGUCUUGCAGCAAAACUUGACUUACUUGAUUAUAAAAUAAUAUAGAAUGCUUCUGGGUUUUUUUUUACUUUUUAAAAAUUAAAUGAAACAGCUUAACCUAACCAGACAAGCUUUCAUUAAUUAUUCUUAGGUGUCACUUGUUCCAUCGUACCUGAUGGACUUAACACUUGGGAACUUUUGCGCGGUUUUGAAAGUUUUGAUGAGGCAACUAAAUUAAAACCAUCUAAGAAGAAAAGAAGAAAGUCAAAAAAGCGAAAACCAAAACGAAGGGCUGAAAAAUUUGAUGAAAGUUCAGACUCAUCAUCUUCAUCUUACUGAAAAUAAGAUCUGCCAUUUUGUAACUUUGUUCGAACUAUUAAAGUCUAAACAUCACAAAAACGUUCUGGAUAUUCCCAUUUUUUAAAGAGUUAUUUUCUUUAAAUUUGAUGUAUGUUAAGUUCUAACAUCAUUGAUGAUAUCAUUGGUUCCAUUUUUAUAAACAAUAUGAAAAAUAAUGUUUGCUUUUACCAAUUAUUUUCAUUUUUUAAUACUUUUAAUAACAGCUUAUCGAAAUGCUUCCUUGAAAUUAUUUUUUACAAAGUUGCAUUUAUGUUCCAUGGUUAAUUUAAAAAUAGCUGUGCGUUUAAAAAAUUGCAUUUAUAUUUUUAUUUUAAAAUCGAUUUUGAUUCCUUCUGGUAAAAGAAACAGUUUUUUUCUUGUUUUGUAAAUAAGAAUGUUACUUGUAAGAUUGGUUUUUUUUUUUUAUGUUUCUCUUUGAUCCUAUCAGGUGUCACCUGUAUGUUUGUGCCAGAGGGGGUCAAUAAAGCAGUAUUCCAACAAGGGAUGCAACUCUUCAAGAAAAACAAGGACAAGAGAGCCAGUCAAUGACGUUUCUAAAAGAAUUAGGUUGUUGUAUUUAUAAAUUUAUAAUAAUUUAUUCCCACCAUGUAGAAAGGUGUGUGUGACGUAAGAGAUGGUGAUUUCUCAUUUUAAAAAUAUUUGCAAAAAAAGAUUUUCUGAAUAAUGAUAAAUAUAUUUUUAUUUUAUACUACUAUAAUUUAUAGUAAUAGUAUAGCUUUUUUUUUUAAGUAUGGUAGAAAAAUUGCUAAAAAUUAGCAAAAAAAAUUUUUAAUGGUUUUUUAAUCUUGAUGAAUUUAGUAUUACUUGAACUACUUAGAGCUUUAAAAACUAAAAAUAGAAUUAUAGCAUUUUUUGCACACAACAUUUCCUUAUAAUUUCAUUAUCCACGUAAUUUGUACACACUUAUCUAGCAAAAUAUGACCCCAAAAAAAAAAGGAAUGAAAAUGUGAUAAAAUAUGCCAACGUGAGAACAUAAUGAGGUAAUUUGUUUAAUUUUAACAAGACACAUUUUUAAAAAUAAUUUAUUUUAACAUUAAUGCAUAUUCAAACAUUUUAUGAGUUUUGAAUUCAAGAUUAUCCUUAAUUUAGGGAAAUUGAUGGAACAUUUAUUAUUAACUGACUGGCAUAAAAUCUUACUGUGGACAUCAACAAUAUUAUCUGACUUAUCUUUAGGAUGAAUAGAUGUUGACUGAAUAGUUCAGAUGAUUAACAAUCAUUGAGACAGCCACCUUCCCAUUGUUGAUCAAGUAUUAAUUAUGCCAGUCUUUAUUAUUGUUUUGUUCAAUUUUUUAUUUUAUUUCUUUUGGCCAAACAUUUGUUAAUAUAAUCCCACAAGUAUUUACAUAAGAUUUAUUUAAAUUAUUGCAUCAAUUUAAAUCAUCGAGUAUGGGCUAUUCUAUAGCUGGACCUGAAUUUAGACUCGUAAAAGUGUAUUUAAGAUGCAUUAAUUGUGUUCAUACUACUUUUAUAGGUCUCUGCCAGUGUGUACAUCUCUCUCAGCUGUUCUUUCCUGGAAUUUUGACAGCCUGUAAAAAUUUACAUUGAAUAAGAAUUUAGUUAACAUAAAUUGUUAUUGCAUAAUUACAUGAAAAUUGUCUUGUUCUUUUAAAAAUAUAUAACUUCCAAUAAAUUUGUUGAAUGUCCAAUGGAGUUUCUUACUUAAAAUUCACUGUAA